UCUCUACCAAAGAUAACCUGAAAUUUUUGAAUCUAUUGUGAAGUGCUUCUGUUGUGUUUACCUUUUUCACAGAAUUUCUUUUUGACUUUAAUUCGAACGCAUUUCGCAAUGGACGAGGAGGACCCGAAAGAGUAUAGAUGGGAAACCGGAUACGAGAAGACCUGGGAGGUCAUACAGGAGGACGACGAUGGAUUUCUGGAAGCCUCCGUAGCCGAUAUCAUCCAGAAAUCGAAGAGGAAGAGGCAAGCUCUGAAGCAGGGUCACGCCAAGCUCGGCAUGAUGAGACAUCUGUACAUUGUGAUCGACUGUUCGGAUUCGAUGUCCGGGCAAGAUUUGAAGCCCACUAGAUUGCUGUGCACUGUCAAGCUCAUGGAGGCGUUCAUCGAGGAGUUCUUCGAUCAGAAUCCGAUCAGCCAAUUGGGCAUAAUCAUAAUGCACAAUAAGCGCGCGGAGAAGAUAAGCGAGUUGGCUGGAAACGGACGGAAGCACGCGAAGGCUGUCAAAGCGUUGAAUCGUACGUCGCUUGUCGGUGAACCUUCACUGCAGAACGGUUUGGAGUUGGCGUUGAAAUCGUUGAAGUUGCUGCCGAGUCACGCGAGCAGAGAAAUACUGGUCGUCAUGGGCAGUUUGACGACGUGCGAUCCCACUGACAUUAACGUCACCAUUGAGAAUUUGAAAACUGAAGGCGUCAGAUGCUGCGUGAUCGGUUUGGCAGCUGAGGUGCACGUGUGUCGACAUCUCGCGAACGAGACUGGAGGCACUUACAACGUUAUCCUCGAGGACAGUCACUACAAGGAUCUGCUCUUCCAGAACGUCGAUCCUCCACCAGCUGCCGUCUGUUUGGAGUCGAGUCUCAUAAAGAUGGGAUUCCCGCAUCAGAUGGCGACGGAAGGAACAGAAGAUCCGUUAACGAUGUGCAUGUGUCACAUAGAUAGUGCAGACGAAGGAAGCAAAUUGACGACCGGCGGAUACUACUGUCCGCAAUGCAACAGCAAAUACUGCGAGCUUCCCGUGGAGUGCAGAUCCUGCGGGCUGACUCUGGUGUCCGCUCCGCAUUUAGCUAGAUCGUAUCAUCAUCUGUUUCCUGCUGCGAACUACAAGGAAUUACCGUACGAGCAUCAAUCUGCAAUCUGCUUUGCGUGUCAGAAGAGUUUCAUUGCAGAUAAUGAUAAGCAGGUGUACGAAUGUAAUAAUUGCAAGAAGAUCUUCUGCACGGACUGCGACAUGUUCAUACACGACACUCUGCACACGUGUCCCGGUUGUGCGACGAAUCUGGCCACCUUUCAAAUGUCGCACAGUAGUCAAUAAUAGAUAGAGAUGAAGGAAGUAUUGGAUGGAUGGAUCGUAUCGAUUCGAUGGAUUUAUUAAUUUAUUUUAGUAUUCCAAUUUAUACAAAAAGAAGAUAAAUAAGAAUCAAGUAGUUUUGGUUAGGGGUGAAAGAAAGAAAAGAAAGUAAACGUGUUGAACGCGAUCGUUUUUUUCGCAUUGUAACGAAUAAUUAAUAUAAAUAAAUAAGAAAGAA